GGGAAAGAAACAAACCGAGGAGUAUACUCACUCACAUCGUCUGUGUGUCUCGAAGGCGGACCGAACGAACCUCGAACGUAGCUCACAAUGUGGCUAUUGCGAGCAACAGUAUUGACGCUCGCAACGGUCUGUGUUCUCGCAUCCCCAAAAUGCCUUGUCUCGGAGCCGGAUAAAGAGGCUUUUGUCUCGGAGAUGUUCCGCGAACUGGAUUCGGAGCUGCAUAAAAUACCCGAUCUUCGUGCAAGAAUUCAAGGUGUCAUCGAUGGCAACGCCUGGCGGGAGGGCUCUGAUGGGGAGUACUCGAGCGAUUACGGCGAGAGUGAGGACGCUCCAAUCCCAGGUGUUCGGUUCCGUGUCCUUGACGCGACUGGCGGAGCAAUCCUCCCGGAGGAAUUCAUCCCCCUCAGCACAGACACGAUAGCCCAUUUCGCGAUGGAGUAUAAAAAGAUCAUAGCUCGCAAGUACGGAACCGGUAUCAUAGGCUUUUCGAAUAACGCUCAGAAAGGCUGCUUCGGGAUAUCUCGCGUGGGAGAGGCCAAGGGCCCCGCUGCUUGGAAAAUCGUCAUUCAGAACGGGAGCGGGAAAAUCAUAGCGGACGACAUCUGUGUCCGGAAGGACAUGCGUGUUUGGGAUAAGUAUAUUGUCAUCAUCGUGAAAAAUGUGUAGGGAGCUCAUCUGGGGGCUCCGAAUUCCGCUGCAUGGAGAAAGAUCGACAGCCCUGAAUGUUGCUGAAACCUCUUCUGGGGAAAGAGCUGUGAUGGGGUCGCGGUCGCCCACCCGAUCUGUAAUCUCGUUCGCUUGAAUAAGGAUUUCUGGGGAGUUCAAGUUAAAGCCCAGACGCAUACCGGAGGAUUGACGACCCAGAAAUGAGUCGCGAUCGAGCAUCGAUUUCCGGAUCGAGCUUCGAAAAACCCGCAGCGACCGGAGAAUAAGAGUUGGAAACCUCGCGGGAGUUCUCGAUGAUCUCAAGAGAUCUCACGGAGAAUUCGCUGGCGAUGAACAGGAAAUAGAGAGACAAUUGUUCCGAGACCGAAACCGAGAAUGGUGGAGAGUUCAUCAUUAUUAAUAAACAUGGUAUCGAAAGGCCUGAUGCCUCCUCAA